AGCUGAGGGGUGGGUUAGGAAGGGCCUCGAGUGCCCAGCUAAGGAGGAGUCUGCUUUUCCUGAGGGCAAUGGCACCCCAGGAGGGCUAUGCUUUGUCGCUCCUGAGAAGAGGAAACUUUUUAGUGCCUUUUUCUAGUAGGCUUUCGUAAUACACAGGAAAGCCCUCGUAAGCAGGUCUCAUAUCACCUAUGAAUAAUGACAAAUUUCCGAGGUCCUUCCCAAUAUUCAAACCUCAUUUAUUCUCUUGCCUUAUUGCCUUGACUAAUCCUUCCUGGCAAAUGUCAAAUAGAAUGACUGAACAGACACCAGGCCUGAGCCCCAGGUGCGGCCGCCAGUGCCUCUGAACAUUCAGGGCAAUGGGGCCAGAGGGCCAGAGAGGGAAAGAGCCAGAGAGAGUCGUCACGGGAAUGGGGAGGCAGGUACGGACGGGGCAGGGGCCGAGGUAGAGCCAGCAGGACAUCCAGUCCCGCAGGUACCCGUGUGGUGAGGGGCGACCCUGAUCCUGACGGUCACUCCUCCUUCAGGCUGGCUCUGGGAUGAUGGGGAGGAGCAGAUGGGCAGAGGCUCCCAGGCCAGUAAGGAAGGGUCCCCAUCCCCACAGGGACAGUGGUGCAGCCUGGCCCAAGGACACCUUGGAGGUGGGGGCACCCAUGCCCCUGGGCCCCGAAAUACAGCUUUCCUGCUGCCAAGAUGUCGUUAUCACCGACAGUGACCUCCUGGCCAGAACCACACAGCCCUGAGGAGUCUGAUAAGCUGCAGACCCCAGAGCAGGACACUCAGCAGGCAAGCAGUGGGGACGUGCCCAGCACCCACCGUGAGGACACUCGGCCCGGCCUGGGCACCCUUCGGCGGGCCUUCUCCAGGGCAAGCCGGCGGGCCUUGGGCCAGGCCCCCGGGGAGGACACUGGCCUGCUCCGACGCAGCUCCCACUUCCUGCGAUCCUUACGGCGCCCCCGGGAUGAUGGCCCGGCUGCUGCACCAGGGGGGGCCCGCGGCCCAGAGGGGCCCUCAGGCGUCACGGAUGGUGGCAGCCGGCCGUCAACCACUGGGGUGGGGCCUGAGGAACCAGGACAGGAGGAAGGCAAAUCUGUGGCGGACCUCAUCACGGAGCGGCAGCUGCUGGCGGCCUUCGAGCAGCUGCGGCAGCUGGAGACGCGGCUCCUGGCGCAGAAAGCCUCGGGCACCUUCGAGCAGGACCCCACCGGCUUCGCGCGGCGCGCCAUGGACGUGUGCCUGCUCUACGACGGGCUGGAGGCGGAGAUCCGCGCCAUCGUGCGCGAGACGCUGGGCCCGGGCGGCGUGGACGCGGCCGCGCUCGCCGAGCUGGCCCGCGUGGUGCGCGCCGAGGAGGAGGCCCACCCGGUGCCCCCCGCCGACGGCGACUUCCUGCUCACGCCGCGCCGCUGGCGGCGGCACUGGGAGGACGCGGUGACGCGGAGCGCGCAGGAGCGCGUGCGGCAGGCGGGCGCUGGGGACGCCGCGGGGGCGGCCGAGGGCGCGUCGGGCCUGGCCCGGCUUCUGGCCGAGCUCGGCGGCUCGGUUCGCCGCGACCUGCGCCAGGUGCGGCUGCAGGUGCAGCCCGCCUACUCGGCCGCCGGCCUCCCGGCGUGGGAGGCCUACCUGCGCGCCUUCCACGGCGCGGUGGCCCAGCGCCUCCAGGAGCUCGCGCGCGACGCCCGGGGCUGCGAGCAGCUCUACGUCCUGCUGGACUGGACCGCCAAUGUCUACGGCAGUCCUGACUUCCUCGGUGCCCCGGACCUGACUCUGUCCACGGAGCCGCUGCCCCCACUCCUGACACCCAGUGUGUGGGCGCGCCUGGAGAGCGACUACACCAGCUUCCUAGAGACCAAGAUCACAAGCUGCUUCGACAGCAUCCUGCAGCUGGAACAGAGCCGCUGGGUGGCCGCUGAGGCCCCCGAUGUGCUCCAGGGCCUCUACCACACGCCUCUGUCCAUCGACAUCCACAUGCUCGUGGCUGAGCAUGUGAAGGCGGCUGGUGCCAUCUCUGCAGAACUGGAGGCCACCACGCUGCGCAUCUGCGCGCGGGCACUCGGCCUCUUUCUGCCCAGGUUUGAAAAGGCUUUUCUACAGUCGGAGGCGGUGAGCGAACCUCAUCUGGGCGCCAGCAUCAACGCCUGCGAGGAGCUCAGGACCAGUCUUCUGGCCAGGUUCCCAGGAACCUUCGAAGAGCUGGAGAAACCUCUAGUGGCUGCCGUCUGUGUCUUCCAAAAGCGGCUGCUCCAAGGCUUGCAGUAUGAUGUGCAACCGCUUUUCAGGGUCCUGUGUACCAAGGCCUGGCUGACACACGACGUGCUGCAGCCCCUCAUGGACAAAGUGGUGGCCUUCGCCCAUCACCUGGAGCACGUGGCCCCACUGCGGGCACAGGAGACUCUGCAGGAGGCACACCGAUACGUGGUCCGUGAAUAUCUGGCACAGGUGCUGAGGCCUCGUGAGCGGUUCCGCGGUGUCGAUCGCGUGACUGGCUCCCAGAAGAUGGGCCUCGACGCCCAGGCCAUUGGCAACACCUUCCAGGGCUUGGGCUCAGAGGCCACGUGGCUGGGCCAGGCUAUCCCAUGCGUCGCUGACAUUCUCGGCGAGACUUACAAGGACGACAUCGGGCGGCACCUGGAGACACUCAUCGGGAGCUACCCAGACAUCAGGCGGGACCACGUGCUGGCCAUUCUGGCGCUGCGCAGACUGGGCCGCCGUCGGAACCAGCGCCUCUUGCAGCAUGCCCAGAGCCUGCUGAGGGCUGCGGCCAAGGCAGAGGGCUCCGGGGCUGCUGGCGGCCGUGUGCUCUUCGAAGAGAUCCAAGUGCCUACCUCCGUGGACCUGCUGAUCACCUGCAUCAAAUGCUCCGGGUCUCGGAGGGGGCGGGCCUCAGGUGGGGGGCCGCAUUAACUGAGGGUCAGCACCUUCACCCAGGCAUCACCCAGACACUAAGCCCCAGGCUGGGAGUCUAGGGAGGCGCUCUCAGCCCUGCCCCCAACCUUGAAGCCCGUAAUCACACGACGUUCGUCCUCAGCUGUGCGUGGUUGCUUACCAGAAGGAACAGCACGAAGAGAGGCAUUUCAGGCAUUUGUGGGGGAGUGUUUGGGGGUGGCGGAGGGUCCUUUCAAUGCUGCCUCCCGGCCUAACGGUCCAGCACCACCCCCAGUCUGAAAGUGAAGCAGAGAGUAUUUAUUUUUAAAAUAAAGGUGAAUUAAAAUGGUGCCUCCCUAAAGAGGGGGCAGGGCCAA